AUAAAUACCUAAUCAAAGCUCUACAAAGAAAACACUUCAUGUCCGCGUUUAAAAGGAAAAAACCCACCCCUUUACUCGCCUUGCCUCUCGUUUCCUAUCACCGCUUCUUCAGCCAUUUAAACCUGAUCAUUCCCUUAUUAGUACCUCGUCUUUGAUCUGUUUAAACUCUCUCAAGACUCCAAACAGAGGGAGAAAGAAAGAAAACCCCUACUUUCUUUCCUUUUCUUGGCUAUCAAAAAAUGGCUUUUUUUCAAGAAAGUUGUGCCCUUUCUUGAAACUUUGUUUAAAUAACUCCUGAGACCCAUUAAUGCCCAGGAAUUUCCCACCUCAAUAACCCAGGAAAAAGAGAGUCUUGGAUUUUUUUUUUAAAUUUCUGGACUGGCUGAGUUGACCAGGUAUGAUUCGACAGGGACUUCUUCUGCGAUCACCUUCUUCGAGCCAAAGGUUGCAGCCUUUGUUGAAGGAAAAGACAGGGUCAAAGAUGGUGCAGGGAGGAGAGAGGAGGGAGAGGAAUCUGGCAAGGGCGAAAACGCAGAGUUUUGGUGAGGUGGCAGGUGGCACGGCUGCGGGGUGUGCGGCGGUGUGUUGCUGCUGUCCAUGCACGGUGAUAAACCUUCUUGUUUUAGCCGUCUACAAGGUGCCGGUUUCCUUAUGUAAGAAAGCCAAGAAACGACAGCGUUUGAGAAGAAAGCAGAAAGAAAGGUCCCUGCUGUCUCGCGCGAGCAGUGGUCUGUCCAGGGAUGAGGGAUGGGAGAAGGAGGCUAGAGAGAUUAUGGAGAAAGGGAAAUGUUGUGAUCAGCAUAAUCAUGAUCCUAAUGGUGAAACUGGUGCCGUUGAUUUGGAGAAGGAAAUGUGGGACCAGUUUUACAAUACUGGGUUUUGGAGGAGUCCAUCUCAAAUAGGUACAUGAUGGAUGAUGCAUCAUUGGUGUAUGGUAUAAAGUGAUUUGCUGUGGGAUUGUACUAUGACGGUGGUUAAGGGGUAAAAAUUCUGGGGGCAUUGAACUUGAUAGUGAUAGAUUAUGGGAUCGGAUUUGUACUUUGACAGGAAGGGUACAAAUUCAAACUAGGUUUUGUUUGUGGUCCACUGUGGGUUCAUGGAGAUUACGAACUUAUGUGGAAGAACAUGAGUUCUGGCUUCUGAGUUCUUUUGACCAUGAAGAAGUCUAUUGAAUGCAAUGUGGAGAUGGCCCCGUGUUUUUUUUUUCUGCUGGAUAAUUGACAUUUGCUCGAUUGUCUUGGGUUCAUUAAUGGGUUGGAUAAUCAAAUGUCGAAUGUUAUUUGACAUUUGAUUAUAAGAGAUUCUUGUAUGUUAUGAAAUCCAAUUCCACCAUCAAUAGACCUCUUAGCUUCCCAGUUUUA